AUGGGUGAAAAAGAUUCAGAGACAGCUCCGAUUUGGGGAAAAGCCCAUCAAAGAGAAAGCAAUAUCCAUCCAAUGGAUUUAGAAUCGUCUGCUCCUUUAUCUGGGCAACAUCGAUCGCAGAAUCAGAGUCGAAGUUCUUAUGAAGAACGAGGAAGAGGAGUUAAAGAGUUUCGGAGCUGGUUCUCUUGGCUCGUACCGUGUUUCGUGGUCGCUAACGUUGUCGUGUUCGUGAUCACUAUGUAUGUCAACAAUUGUCCGAAGAAAUCUGGAGAUUGUUUCGCUGAUUUCUUGGGUCGGUUCUCGUUUCAGAGCACAAGAGAGAAUCCUCUUCUGGGUCCUUCCUCUCUCACGUUACAAAAAAUGGGUGGAUUGGAUGUAGGAAAAGUGGUUAAAGGAGAUGAAGGAUGGCGUCUACUUUCUUGCAACUGGUUACAUGGAGGAGUUGUUCAUUUGUUGGUGAACAUGUUGACUCUUUUAUUCAUCGGUAUACGUAUGGAACGUGAAUUCGGUUUUAUACGGAUUGGAUUGCUUUAUUUGAUAUCGGGCUUUGGAGGAAGUAUAUUGUCAGCUCUUUUCCUCCGUUCUAACAUAUCUGUUGGAGCAUCGGGUGCUGUGUUUGGUUUACUCGGAGGAAUGCUCUCUGAGAUCUUUAUCAACUGGACAAUUUAUUCUAACAAGGUUGUGACGAUUAUAACUCUUGUUUUAAUUGUGGCGGUAAACUUGGGACUCGGUGUGCUCCCAGGAGUAGAUAACUUUGCUCAUAUUGGAGGGUUUGGUACUGGUUUUCUUCUUGGAUUUGUGCUCUUAAUACGUCCCCAUUACGGAUGGAUCAACCAAAGAAACGCUCCUGGAGCUAAACCACACAAGUACAAGAUAUAUCAGGGCAUAUUAUGGACCGUCUCUCUUCUCCUCUUGCUUGCUUGGUUCAUUGCCGGUUUGAUCUCUCUCUUCAACAAUGUCGAUGGAAACAAACAUUGCUCGUGGUGUCAUUAUCUUUCAUGUAUUCCAACUUCAAAAUGGAGCUGUAACCGAGAACCAGCCUCCUGCACAACGCCGGAAUUAGGUAACCAGUUGACCAUAACUUGUUUGAGGAACGGGAAAUCUGGAUCAUACAUUUUGGCGAAUUCCUCGGAUUCACGGAUUAAUACCUUAUGCGCCCAGCUUUGCCGUUGA